UCUCUCCUCACGCUAACCUUUGUGUUGUUAAAAGCAUCACUUCCUUCUCCUAUUCCUCCUUGUAACGUGAGCCUAACCUUCAAAGCCUCUCCAUUCUCUAAACUCUCUCUCUCUCUCUCUCUCUCUCUCUCUCUCUCUCUCUCUCUCUCUCUCUCUCUCUCUCUCUCUCUCUCUCUGUUCUACUCGAUUUUCAAAACAGCUGGUGUAUUUCGCAGGUUACAAGUGAAUACGUGAAGGCAAAAGGAUUAAAACCUAAGACAUGACGUUAGAAUUGAAAGAUUUGAGGUGAAAAAGAAAAAAAUGUGAAAAAAAACUGAUAGACAAAGGAAAUAAAGAAAAAUUGACAAAAAGCGAAGGAAUGACACAAGAAAAGUGAAUAAAUAUAGACACAUAGCAAAAUAAUGAAAAAAAGAGCGUCAUUAUUGAAAAAGGAACAGUGAUAAAUGUGGAUAAGCAAGAAAAGAAUAAAAUAACAGAAAUAUCAAAGAAAAUUUUAAGAUAUUGCAUAAAAAGAAAGGAAAAUAAAGAAAUAAAUAAAAAUAGUAAAACAAGAGAGAAGAGGAAUAUCAGAUAAAUUUGAUAAGGAAAAGAAAAUGAAAAGAUAAUGAGAAAACAGUGAUAAGAGAAGGAAAUCAAAUUAAAAGAAGACAGAAAGAAGAGGAAUAAGGCAAAAUGCAAAAUUGAUGUCGUAAUCGAAGUAGGAAAAGAAAUAGAAAAAAAAGAGAAAGGAGGACGGACAGAGAGAGAGAGAGAGAGAGAGAGAGAGAGAGAGAGAGAGACAAUCACACCACUUCUCUCGCCAAGUUAAGUGAAACACGCCAUGAAUCAGAGAAAAGUGGACUAUUUUAAACUCUUCUCUUCUUCUUCUUCUCUUCUCUCUCUUCUUCCUCCUCCGUGAAGAAGAGGAAGAGGAAGAGGUGAUGAUGCGAUAGAAGAACAUUGUAACGUCUAACCUGGAAAGCACCGCCUGAAGUGAUGCGCAAAAUAGGAAAAUUUCGCCCUAAAAUUCUCCUCGCCCUUGUGGUUGUAGCGGUCCUGGUGACACUACUAGGGCCCUACAGCUACACCCCACGCUUCCUUGAUGUCCCCACGGCCUCCCCAACGCCUAGCAUAUACGUAUCCUUACACAGAGAAGGAAACAUUGAGGACAGAAGCAAAAAUGAAACACGGCAGAUUUCCAAAGCUGAAACUCGUGCUGAAAAGGAAGUGGAGGAAAUACAAAUCCUGCAGGACGCCUUAUCAGUGUCCCACGAGUCCUAUAUACAGAAUCCACCGCCGAAGGACUGGGUGGAGGUGAAGAAAACGAAGCCAAAGAAAGGGCGUAUCACAGGGAGGUCUAGAUCAAGGAUGAGUGCCAGAGAGAAGCUAACGGUAGACAUGAAGGUUUUAGGAUAUUCACCGGAGGCAUUGCAGGACAGGGCCAAAACUUUCCCUGAGGAUUCUCCCUUACGACGGUUUCUGGCUGAACAGGAGCGGCGGGUCAGUCACGUGGCGUCCACCUGCCGCUCCUUCCAGCCCAACCUUGCGGAUAUCGUAGCGGGAAGCAGAGGUCCUCCCGCCGGCCUGCUGUCAAUUAAGCACAUCAUUUACGACAGGAUAAAUCAGCUCACGUUCUGCCCAGUGUACAAGGCGGCCAGCACCUCUUGGACCAUUACAAUGAUGGACCUGGCGGGGCUGUGGAACGACAAGACGAAGGACAUACCCAUACAGAAACUGGUCCAAAUGUACUACCCGCGGAUGACUGGCAUGGCGGCGGCUGCGGUCACCACGAACACCACACACUUCAUGGUGGUGCGUCAUCCUCUGGAGCGGCUUCUGUCCUGCUACCUCGACAAGUUCCAGAACGCUUCCAAGGACUUCUACUACCACACGUACAGCGAGAAGAUCAUUCAGAGGUACAGGAUGUCACUCGUUGGCCUCCCAGCUCACCAGGUACAAUCUUACAAGGAGGAAGUGCGUGUAGCGAUGAGAAUGGUCAAGAAGGGGGAUGGCGAGGUUCCACAGGUAUCCCUUCCCGACAACCCCUUCGCUAACCCACUCGGCCCAAGCUUCCCCGAGUUUGCCCAGCACGUUGGAGAGACGAGCUAUGAUGACGAGCACUGGAGGAGCUACGUCUCUCACUGUGUGCCCUGUGUCCUCUCCUACGAUUUUGUGUUGAGGUUCGAAUCUCUAUCGGAGGAAAACAAAUGGUUUAUUGAGUAUCUGAACCGAAGCGGGGAGGUGGCGCCGAGAUGGGCAAACUCGAAUCCUACUGGCAACACGAAGAAGCUUUCCUGUAACUACUACAACCAGCUCACCUUGAAGCAGAUCGACGCCCUCAUAGCCAAAUACAAGAAGGAUCUGAUGCUUUAUGAGUACGACGCGGAGGAUUAUAGAAAAUGUGCCAAAGAUUAUGAGGAGAGUGUCAAAUUAGUCGCCCCUGUAAGUAAUGAUCACAGAAAAUGGACGAGAUAUGGUGUUAAAGAUCAUGUGGGUUCUAACACGAGGAAAAGUGUAAGUAAAGAUGUGUUUGACUUUCUGGAUGCCACCACUACUAAGGCUGGCACUCCUGCGGGACACAGGGAAGGUGAAUAUAUCAAAAUGUUAACGUAGAUGACUUUUGUGAAAUAUGCACUAAAUAGUUAAGGAUAUUAUUAUCAUUUUUUUUUUUUUUUUUACUCUCAGGAAGUUGUAAGAAGAGAGUUUUGUGUUGUUUUCGUUGUUUUAGGUUUGUAAUUCCACCUUAUUUAUAUUCUCCAUCUUAUUUAUAUUCCUCAUCAUUUGUUAUCUAUUUUUCUUUUUAGUUUUUCUCUUAUCACUACACUUCAUAAAAUUCCUAACUGUUAUCUCUUCCUUCUAGUGCUAUUUUCUUUAUUCUUUCUCUUUCUUUUUUAUUCUCUUAUCUCUUCCCUUUACUAUUUCAUUUAUUCCUUACUUCUCUUUCUAUUUGUUCAUUGUUUUUACUUUUCUUCUCUUUAUCCUCAGCUGCAUUUUGCUAUUUUUAUUUUUAUUACAUUUCUUCAUUGUUCCUACUUCUCUUUUCUUCAUUAUUUUCUUCUCUCCUUAAUUCCAUCCUACUAUUUUUGUACUUAUUAUUAAUUCUUCAUUGUUCUUUUUCUUUACUAUUCAUCUUUUCUCCUUCUUUUCAAUUUGUAUCCUUAUUACUACUACUUCAUUCUUUUCACUAUUAUCCUUGAACACUCCAAUCAAAACUACACGAAAGAUAUUUUAUUUUAAGCUCACUAAAUCAUUGUUUCUUUGUGGUGUUCUGUGGCAGCGAGUGUGAUAUAUUGGUAGUGUUUGAUCCCUUCAGUACCAGGACGAGUUUCGAUAUUAUUUCUGCUUACUAUUAUUUUUUUUCUAUAUAAAAAGGAAAGACUGUACAAGGGCAACUAAAAGAUUAAGAAAAGGCCCUCUCAGUCGCCAGUCCCUUACAGAGCCAAAAUAGUUAGCCAAAAGACACGGGUAAAUGUCUUGAAACCUCCCUCUUAAAUGAAGUCAAGUCAUUGGAUGUUGUGAAUACAGACAUAAGCAAGGAGUUCCAGAUUUUAUACAGCUUCACAAACUUAUGUGGGGAAUUAAAAUAGUGAAGACUGGCCGUUAAUCCUCUGACCUUCAUAGACCCUUACGGAUUUAAAUAAAAUCGUCUAAUCUUACACAAAUCUCAAGGUAAAAAUGUUUCCCAGUACUGAAGGGGUUUAGAACGUAUGUGCCUUAACUGUAUAUUGGGUUUUAUGUGGAUAAUGUGUGGGAUUUAACACGGGAAAGGGACUAUUUUGUUAAUUUAUUUACUUUUCUUGGUAUUAAGUGUGUUUUGUUCAUUUGCGGGUAGUUUAUUGAAGUAUCUAUGCGUUUGAUUGGGUUUCGUUGUGUUUGGUUGUGUUUGGUUAGGUUUUACUGGGUUGUUAACAGGGAAGGAUUAUUAUUAUUAUUAUUAUCAUUAUUAUUAUUAUUGUUAUUAUUAUUAUUAUGAUCAUUACAGCACGUGUUUUGUAACUUUGGGUGUUUUUACUAGAUUUUGUUAAGUUUUGGGUUGUUUAGUAUUUCUCUCUCUCUCUCUCUCUCUCUCUCUCUCUCUCUCUCUCUCUCUCUCUCUCUCUCUCUCUCUCUCUCUCUCUCUCUCUCUCUCUGUGUAAUGAAAAAAAUCGGCUGUGAGAUUACUAAGCUUAACUAAUUUAGACCACAAUUGAAAACGUUAAACUUAUCAAAACAUCGAAAAAAGGAAAAUAAAAUGUAAAUCUCAUCAAUGUGACUUUUGAAUAUAAGAUGAAAGAGCAAAUGUUUUAAAGAAUACGUAAUAAAACUUGGCUAUACUAAAAAAAAAAA